AUGAAGGUUGGUGUGAUUAACACCCAUCACUCCUACAUAAAUAUUCCCAGGCUGGCAGUACAGGAUGCUGAUGUGGGCGUAGGAAGGAUAGAGAAUGGAUACAGGAGGUCUCUGGCUGAAGCAUAUGAUAGUUCAUCCAUAUUACAAACACAGGAGCAUGGGGACAGCUGCAGUGGUUAUUCUUCCACAAACAACUCACAGGCAGUGAAAGGAGUGCUACAUAGUGCUAAACUGGAUGCUACAGGGCAAAGAUGGGUGGCCGCUUUGGCUAGCUACAACUUCAGCAUUCAAUACCGAUCAGGGAGAAGCAAUGUAGAUGCAGAUGCAUUGUCCAGGUGUCCACAGGCACCAGGACUUGCUGUGAUACCUACGGAUGGAGUGAGAGCUAUUUGCAGUGUAAGUCGCCGAGAGCCGGAGGCCCAUGACAGCCUUCAUGGAUGUGUUGCUGAAACUUUGGGCCUACCACCUGAAGGCGUGACUUCUGCUUCAGUGAACUAUAUUGCUUUGGACCAAUCUCCCUUGCCCAUGCUCAAUGCGGCUGACUGGCAGGAAGCCCGGCUGCAAGACACUGACAUUCAUGAUACACUACUUGCCAAAAGGGAGGGGCGAGGCUCAGCUGCAGUUAUUCCCCCUACCCCAGAAGGCAAACUACUAUUGAGAGAAUGGACCAAACUAAAACUGAUUCAGGGAGUGCUACACCGCAUGACCACAGACCCUCUAGAAAAGCAACGGAAUCAACUAGUGCUGCCGAAAGAGUACAGAGCCCUGGCCAUGAGGGCCCUGCAUGACGACUUUGGACAUUUAGGGAUGGAGAGGACCCUGGAACUUAUCCGCAGUACAUUCUAUUGGCCCCGGAUGGCUGAAGAUGUUCGCAGGAAAUGUGAGACCUGCGUGCGAUAUGUUCAAAGGAAAACUCUGCCCAUGAGGGCAGCAUAUCUGAAGAACAUCACCAGCAACAAACCUCUGGAGCAGGUUUGCAUUGAUUUCUUAUCUUUAGUAGUGGACAAGAGGAAUAUUGGGAACAUUCUAGUAGUGACUGACCAUUAUAUGCGAUAUGCGCAGGCGUAUCCCACACGUGAUCAGAGGGCCACCACUGUCGCUCAACUAAGUGGUGUGCGGGUGACGCUGGCCGGCGUCAGCACAACCGCGCCGAAAGCACCCAGUGGAGGAGGCCCACAACAAGAAUUGCCUCCUACGAGGCACCCGGAGUGGUGGGUGUGGAUAAUACCCAACUUUUUGGUUACCUUAAAAGACUCGGAGAAGAGGAUUUCCGAUGAAGGCUGCCAAACCUCAGACUCUUUCUUGGAAAAAAUUCAAGGUCCACAGCUAAGAUGGAGCAAUAAUUGUAAUAAUCAGAAUCUCUGUGAUGAGAUAUCAGAAGAAAUCAUGGAACAGCACCUAUCUAGUGUCAUUGCACAGUAUAAUGUUAACAACAACAGUAAUAAAGAUGAAGAGAAAAAGAAAAAAGAAAAGAAGAGCAAGUCUGAUGGUAAAAAGAAAAAGGACACAGAAAUGCAAAAGAACAAGGAAAAACACAGAAAUAAAGAUAAACAUAAGAAGAGAGACAAGAAAGAGGAGGAGAAGAAAGAUAUUUUUGUUAUUGAUCCAUCAGGAAACUUGUAUUAUUACUGGCUGUUUUGCAUCACAUUACCUGUCAUGUACAACUGGAUCAUGAUCAUUGCUAGAGCCUGUUUUGAUGAACUUCAGAAUGACCAUUUAGAAAUGUGGUUUAUUUUUGAUUAUAUAUCAGAUAUAAUCUAUAUUGCUGAUAUGUUUGUCCGGACAAGAACAGGUUACCUGGAGCAAGGUUUGUUGGUGAAAGAAGAACUUAAACUUAAACAGAAAUAUACAGGAACUUUACAAUUUAAACUAGAUCUACUGUCAGUCAUACCAACUGAUCUACUGUACUUUAAAUUAGGUCUGAACUAUCCAGAAUUAAGAAUAAACAGAGUACUUAAAGUAUCUCGUAUGUUUGAGUUCUUCCAGCAAACAGAAACAAGGACAAACUAUCCAAAUAUCUUCAGGAUCUCCACUCUUGUCAUGUACAUAGUGAUUAUUAUUCACUGGAAUGCAUGUGUAUACUAUUCUAUCUCCAAAGCCAUUGGAUUUGGGACAGACACAUGGGUCUAUCCAAACACCUCUGAUCCUGAAUUUGCCCGUCUGGCUAGAAAAUAUGUAUAUAGCCUCUACUGGUCGACGCUGACCUUGACCACUAUUGGGGAAACACCUCCUCCAGUAAAGGAUUCUGAAUACUUCUUUGUGGUUGUUGACUUCUUGGUUGGGGUGUUGAUCUUUGCUACUAUUGUUGGUAACAUUGGUUCUAUGAUCUCCAAUAUGAAUGCAGCCAGAGCAGAGUUUCAAGGAAGGAUUGAUGCUAUCAAGCAGUAUAUGCACUUUCGAAAUGUGAAUAAAGAAAUAGAAAAAAGAGUUAUUAAGUGGUUUGACUACUUGUGGACAAAUAAAAAGGCAGUGGAUGAACGAGAAGUUUUAAAAUAUCUACCAGAUAAAUUAAGAGCAGAGAUAGCAAUCAGUGUUCAUCUGGACACAUUAAAGAAAGUUCGAAUUUUUGCAGAUUGUGAAGCUGGCUUGUUAGUUGAACUAGUCUUGAAACUGCAGCCUCAAGUCUACAGUCCAGGAGAUUACAUUUGCCGAAAGGGGGACAUUGGACGAGAGAUGUACAUUAUCAAAGAAGGUAAACUUGCGGUAGUAGCUGAUGAUGGAAUUACCCAAUUUGUGGUUCUAAGUGAUGGCAGCUACUUUGGGGAGAUUAGCAUACUUAAUAUCAAAGGCAGCAAAGCUGGCAAUCGAAGAACAGCCAACAUUAGAAGCAUUGGAUACUCAGACUUAUUUUGUCUAUCUAAAGAUGACCUCAUGGAGGCUUUAAUAGAAUACCCAGAUGCAAAGGUCCUGCUGGAAGAGAAAGGUAAGGAAAUCUUGCUGAAGGAUGGGUUACUGGAGAUAAAUGUUGCAAAUACAGGAAGUGACCCUAAAAACAUUGAAGAAAAGGUCAGUCAAAUGGAAGGAGCAGUGGACAACUUACAAACAAAGCUUGCCAGGCUGUUGGCUGAGUACGAUGCCACACAGCAGAAACUGAAAAAAUGACUGACACAGAUUGAGAAAAUACUGAAAUCAAAUAUGCAGUUUGAAUUCUCAGGUUUAGAAGAAUUAGAUAAAUAA